AUGGAUGACUUAGGUCUACGGCCACAAUCUAUAAGUCGCGAUAAGAUAAAUUCAUACUCGCAUUUAAGUGAUUUAAUUGACUUUGUCACGUACGAGAAUGCCACUCCAAGCGUACUCAUUGGAGCGGAACACUGGCAUCUCUCGAUAAACCGAGAGGUUCGGACCGGAGGGAAAAAUGAUCCCGUCGCUUGCUUGACAGCGCUUGGCUGGACACUGUAUGGUGUUGCUUCCUCCCGAACAAAACUCAUUGAAUUUGUAAACCACACCUUUGUGAGGUACGAUGACGACAGUAUUGAAACUCUAUUAAAGGAACAAUAUAAACUUGACUCCAUAGGUAUAAAAUAUACAGACACAUCGCUCAACAAACAGGAUCAACGCGCAGUCGUCAUUUUAGAGGCGACUGCUAGGCGGCUACCCUCUGGUCGUUUUGAAGUAGGUAUGCCUUGGCGCGACGACGUUAUACGCGUCCCUGACAGUCACCCCCAAGCGUUGUCUCGUUUUUUAAGUUUGGAGCGUCGUAUGUCCAAAGAGCCUGAGUUCGCUAAGGCAUACACCGAGUUCAUGAAUAACAUGAUUGACAAGGGUUACGCAGAGGAGUGUUCUCCAGAGUCUUACCACGUUUUUCAUAAAAAAGACUGUGACAACUUGCGGCUUUAUCUCCCACAUUUUGGCGUAUACCAUCCUCAAAAACAAAAGGUUAGGGUUGUGCACGACGCAGCAGCUAGAAACGAGGGUAUAAGUUUAAAUUCCCUGCUGAUCCCUGGUCCUGAUCUACUACAACCUCUUCUCAAAAUUUUAUUUCGGUUUCGGGAAGGCCUCGUCGCGAUGACAGCCGACAUUAAGGAAAUGUUUCCUCAAGUUCGUAUAAGGGAACAGGACAGAGACGCUCUUCGAUACUUGUGGAGGUCAGACAAAUCACAACCCCUUAAAGAGUUUAGGAUGACAUCGGUCAUAUUCGGUGCGUGCUGUAGCCCCUUUGUAGCACAGUUUAUAAAAAACAAAAAUGCUCGCGAACAUGCUCACCAGUUCCCUAAAGCCGUAGACGCCAUCUUGUUCAGUCAUUAUAUGGACGACUACAUCGAUUCUCAAGAUGACGUAAACGAGGCCGCCCAUUUAGCUGCGGACAUAGUCAAGGUGCAUGGUGCAGCCUGUUUCGAGAUGCGAGGAUGGAUCUCCAAUAAGUCAGAGGCACUUAAGCUUGUCCCCGAGGACUUGAGAGCUGUCCAACAAGUGGAGGUUGAUCUUGGUGAGCCAGCUAGUUUCAUACGAGCUUUAGGCAUAGCGUGGUACCCCAGCACAGAUUUUAUAGGGUUUCGCACGGGUUUGACUGAAACGGCGCCAGUCAAAUUGACUAAGAGGAAGGUUUUGUCGCACAUAAUGCGCGUUUAUGACCCUUUGGGUUUGUUAGGGCCCAUUGUUGUACAAGGGCGAAUACUUUUUCAACAAACUUGGCGGACUAACGUCGGCUGGGACACCGACCUUCCCCAAACUGAGGCAUCAAAGUGGUCUGAUUGGUUUCGAGACCUGUCUAAAGUCACGGCGUUAAAGAUUCCGCGUUGGUACUCGGGCGCAAAGGGAUCUGAACCCUCUUUUAGAGAGCUGCAUGUUUUUUCCGACGCGAGCGAGCUCGCUUAUGCCUGUGUUGCUUACUGGCGUUUACUUUACCCCGACGGAAGCAUCAAGGUCGCUCUCAUAGCGAGCAAAGCCAGAGUUUCCCCAUUAAGACCGAUUUCGAUUCCACGCUUGGAACUGCAGGCCGCUUUGAUAGCCUCACGGCUUGGGGUCACCAUCAAGGACAGUCAUCGCAAAAAAUCUAUCCAUUUGAACGUGGCCGAUGAUGCAACGAGGUUGCGCCCUAUAAAUUUGGACGCUACCCAUAGGUGGUUUAGCGGUCCCUCAUUUCUUUUGAAAUCUUCGGAGGACUGGCCCUCAGAGCCAUUGAAUGUCCCACCAGUUCGAGACGAGUUGAAAUGUCCGCGGAACGAAUUGGUGGGAUUACUCACGAUAGGCGCGGUCAUUCCCGACCCAAUCACACCUCCUUUGGACCGUUUUAGUGACUGGGUGCGUUUGUUGCGUGCCACAGCACGAACGCAUCAAGCCGCGGCUUUGUUUAAAAACUGUUUGGCUACCGCUCAUCCACGUCUCCGCCGCUUGUCCACGCCCGCCACGCUGCCGCCUCUCGAUGCCGAUCUCAUGAAAGCCGCAGAAAGGCAUGUUUUACGACGGAUCCAACUCGAGUCAUUCCAGAACGAAAUCCACCUUAUCGUCAACUCGAAGCCAAUCCCCUCGAGCAGCCGCAUUUCCAAACUGUCGCCCUCACUGGGAGAGGACAAGCUCCUGCACUUGGCUGGGCGAAUUAAAGCAGUCGAAAACGUGGACCCCAACGUACGCUCUCCGAUCUUACUCGAUGGACGUCACCCAGCUGCCCGAUUAUUGGUCGAACAUUACCAUCGGCGAGCCGGCCAUGCCAACCAUGAAGCAGUCAUCAAUGAAAUUAGACAAAGGUUUUGGCUUCUCAGACUCAGAAACACCGUCAGAACCGUAGCGAACCGAUGCCUACAAUGCAGAAUACGAAAAGCCGCACCGUUGAAUCCACCGACAGGAGAUCUGCCGCCACAAAGACUGGCUCACCAUCAGCGGCCGUUCACUUUCACUGGCCUCGAUUAUUUUGGCCCCGUAAACGUGACUGUCGGCCGCCGCCACGAGAAACGAUACGUAGCGCUCUACACAUGUCUCACGACGAGGGCUCUACAUCUGGAAUUGGUGCAUAGCCUGUCCGCUGAUUCGGCGAUUAUGAGUCUUCGCCGCUUCAUAGCCAGAAGAGGACAACCAGAUACCAUUUUCUCCGAUAAUGGCACGGCGUUUGUGGGAGCAAAUCGGAUUCUUCGAGAAUUUUUUAACGAAAAUGUACGAGACUUCGUGGCUACCAAGGCGAUCCGCUGGAAGUUUAUACCCCCGGCAGCUCCCACUUUUGGAGGUGCGUGGGAGAGGAUGGUGAAAACCGUGAAGGUGGCCCUGGGAGCGACUCUGAAGGAAAGGUCGCCCAAAGAGGAAACUUUAGCGACGCUUUUGGCGGAGGCUGAGGCGAUCGCCAAUUCGCGACCUCUCACGCACGUCUCCGUGGAGCCUGAUGACCCGACGACCAUCACGCCAUUUCAUUUUUUACUUGGAGGGUUGCCAGCUCAAGUAUCUACGCCGGAAACUGCAGACUGCAACCUUUUUGGCCGAGCAGAGUGGAGAAAAGCCUUACGCCUCGCCGACCUGUACUGGAAACGCUGGGUGCGCGAGGUGCUCCCGACAUUACAGCCCAGACAGUCUACCCGGAGUCACGCAACGGUUCGAGUUGGCGAUACAGUCAUAAUCUGCGACGGGACACUGCCCAGAGGAUUGUGGCCACUUGGUCGGAUCAGCCAGCUUCACCCCGGGCGAGACGGAGUCUGCAGGGUGGUGGACGUGGACACAGCUGCGGGCACGCUGCGCCGCCCCCUCAGAAAGAUUGUGGAAAUUGGUGCAAUGCUGCACGAGGGGGAGGAUGUUGCGAACUCUUCGUAG